GGAGUCUCCCGAGCGCGCAGCCGGGCCGGGGCCUGGGCUGAAGCGCCUGCGCGCCCCUCCGAGCAGCGGCGGGGGGCGCUGGGGGCCGGCCUGACUGAGGCGGGUUCUUCGGGCGGGGAGGGACAGGGCGAGGUACGUAGGGCGCCACGUCGGCAGGCACUGGAGGACUCGCCGCCGCCGCUCCUGCCGCCUCCGCCACAGGAGCCUUGCCGAGGAGGGGUCGGAGUCUGCUCUGCGAGUCGGUUGAGAGGCUGGAGACGGAGCCCUCGGCGAGUGAGGCCGGCCCGAGCUAGGAAGACGAACCCUCCCGGAGGAGGUGUUGUAUAGAAACCCACAGUGGGACUUGUGAAUGCAGUAUAUGUUGAUUUUGCUAUCUGAUUGUAAGAAAGGAAAAAGAAAACUCGUUUGUUGAAUCUUGAAGCUAUACAGCAAGGCAUUAUUAUAUAGGCAAUAAUGAACCAAACAGACAAAAAUGAACAGGAUAUUCCUCCAUAUCUUAAUGAAGAACCACCGGAAGGUUCAUUAAAAGAUCAUCCACAACAACAGCCCGGCAUGCUUUCUCGUGUGACUGGUGGCCUCUUUAGCAUAACAAAAGGAGCUGUUGGUGCAACAAUUGGUGGCGUAGCUUGGAUCGGAGGGAAAAGCUUUGAAGUGACCAAAACAGCAGUUACAGCAGUGCCUUCUAUGGGAGUCGGAUUGGUCAAAGGAAGUGUUUCUGCUGUGACGGGAGGUGUUACAGCUGUAGGAUCUGCUAUCUCAAGCAAAGUGCCUCUAACAGGGAAGAAGAAAGAUAAGUCGGACUAAACAAAAAAGACUGAGGCCUAUUUGUUGUCAAGGACAGUUCCUCUAUGGCUUUGGAAUCUCCUAAGAUUUGGACUGCAAAAAAGCCACAUGUCUUAGACAGAUUAAAGAGCUGUAUGAAUAACUUCUUCAGCUGAAAGAGACAGAAACGGCUUCAUGUUGCUGUGUUAAAACUUCACUUAGAACUUUCGAUUUCUGCAAGUUCUCAUCUGGUGACAUGUUACACUUGAUAAAUAUGGAAUCAAGUACAUUUGAAGAGAGAGCUCACAUUUUUUAAUAAUAAUUCACUACAGAUCUUUGCAGUCUUGAACUAAAAAUGUGAAAAUAAAAAUGGAGGGCAUGAUCUAGCAAAAAGUUAAGCACAUUGGAAGUCAUGCUGAUUCCAGAGGGAGGGAUUCCAGCAUAUCCUUGAUUUUCCCAUUAAACUUAGUUGAAUUUUAAAGUACUUAAAUUUUAGCUGGAUCUUGUCUUUUGGCAGCCUUUGCAGUACCAUAAAUAUAUUGAUGUUCCACCUAUGUCUAUAGCUUCUGCUUUGUUUUUGAUAAUGAAUCAUUGAACUGCCUAAAGGGUCUUCAUAUAUCUUUGCAUUUCAAAACUAUUUUUAUAUGCCCUCUAAACUCUUUACAUGGUGACUACUGUCACAAGUGGAGUAUAUGUGUAGAAAUAUGGUGUGUCAAUUCAAUCAUUCAUGCCUUAUGGUGAAAAAACAAUCUAUUUUUACUUAAUGUAUAAGGAUUUUGUAGUGUCCCUUAUUUCAAUGCAGUCCUUGGAAGAAGCUUUACACUUUUCUUUUUUAAAAAAUUGUUGAUACUGACUGAAGAGGAGACUGCUAAAUCUCAGGUGUAACUUACUGGUAUCCACUCCUUACCUGCAAAGUGAAAACCUUUGUUCUGUUUUGUUUGAAAUGAAUUUUUUUGUCCAAGUUUACAGUAUUUACAAUACUGGAUAAUUUAUAGCUCUAUAAUAAAAACACAUGGCUUUUACCCCAACAAUACAGAUACAAUCUAAAUCUGGUUAUUGAAGGCAAGACACAAAACCAGUAACUAUUAAUGCUCUGCAUCUUCUGUUCAUUUUAGUUAAUGAAAAUGAAAAGAGAUUGCACAGCAACUGAUUGAUUAAAUCCAUUGUCACUUCCAGUACAAGAACAUAAACUUCUAGCAUUUAUAUCUCAAUAGAUAGUUUCUGCUGAAGAUGAAACAACAAAAUGGCACUUAAGACUGACCAUGAUAAAUGCAAAGUGAUUAAAUAUCACCGGGUAACUUGCAUAGAAAUCAAAGUAAGCUUUAACAUACACAUUUUCCAAGGUUUCUUGGGCAAGAUAUAGAUGUAUCACUUGCUCCCCACCCACUAAUUCCAGAGUAGUUCUACUAAAAGCAGUAAGCUGCACUCUGGAUUAACCAGGUUUACACCUUGUGAAUUUCAUAUAAAAGCUCUUCAGCAUGUUCUUGUUGACUUUGUAACUUUUUUUGUUGUUGAUAGUCUAUAUAAGAUGGCUGAAGCUCAAAUGAAUAUUCUGUAUGCAGUAUUUCCUAGAGAGAGAGUGUGUGUGAGAGUGUGUGUGCAUGCGCGCUCAUGUGUUAGAUAAAACAUCUAAGCAUGUGAGCUUUGUUGAAAUGGUUCUGAUUAGAGUAUAAACAGUAGAUUGUCUUUUUUGUAAAACUGAUGACCAAAAGGUAUCAUUUGUCUAAAAUCUGGUUACUAGAGUUUUGUAAAUUAAACUAUCUGAUAUAAAUUA